AGGUGCUGCCAUCUACAUAUAUACAUGUCAAAAUAUUUACUUUCACCCAUUCAGAAAACAAUAGAUGAAAUUCUUCAAUUUCUUGAAUUUAUGUUUACUGAUCAUGUUAUAUAGAAUUAUUCUUUUUCAUGAGUAGAAAUAUUCAGUUAAAAUUAUCGCAUAUAUUUUAUGUCAAUUAAUUAAUGAAAAAUGAGUGAAAGUGACGAUGAACUAUCAUUAUGUCCUACGACAAUAUCCGCACUUCAAGAAUUUCUCGAAGAAAAAGAAAAGAGAAAAAAGCAGUUAACGGAUGUGUUUCAAUCAAAUCUAUUAUUAGAUGUAUCAUUUGAAGAAGAUUGGCAAUUAAGUCAGUUUUGGUAUGAUGAAAACACAACAAAUACAAUUGUUAAAGGUGCUAUAAAUUCUACACCUAUAGAUGGAAAAAUAGCAUUAAUUUCUUGUCCAACUUUAUAUACACAACUAAAAAAAACUUGCAACGAAAGACAAGUGAUUCUUUUAGAAUAUGACCCUCGUUUCACAGUAUUUGGAUCAGACUUUAUACCAUAUGAUUAUAAAUUUCCUUUAAAUGUACCUAGAGAUUUAUAUAAUAUUUUUGAUUUAGUCAUAGCAGAUCCUCCUUUUUUAUCUGAUGAAUGUCUAACAAAAAUUGCUGUGACGAUAAAGUUAUUGUCGAAGAAAAAAAUGGUACUUUGUACAGGUGCAGUUAUGAUAAAUUUAGUUGAAAGAUUACUAGAUGCCAAAAAAUGUAAUUUCAUACCAAAGCAUAAAAAUAAUUUAGCUAAUGAAUUUUACUGUUAUUCAAACUUUGACUUUGAUGAAAUGCUGAAAUAAAAUAAAAUGUUUUACGUAAA